GCGUGUCCGGUGCGACCGGGAACCCCCAUUGAAGCCGCGGGUAUCAUACCGAUUAGCGCAGAAGAUGUAGCGGGGAUCCCGGAGCUGGCACUGAGCAUUCCGGACUUUGAGGGGCAGGCUGUGAUGCGGGUGUUUGCGAAUGAGACGGAGAGCGAGGUUGGGUGGUUUGCGGCGGGGAUUACGAAUGGGUGGACGUUUGGACAGCAGGACUGCGUUGGGGCUGUGCUAGGCGGGUUUACGCUGGUGGCGGUUGCUGCGUUGUUUGCUACAGCGGUGUGUGGUGCUGAUUUGACUAGUAUGCGGAGACAUUAUGCGCAUUCGAUGUCGGUUUCCGUUGUAGUUUCCGUGUGGCAUUAUGUUUUCUAUAGCGGGGCGAUUGAGGUGGAUUGGCCGAGUGUUCUGUUGGCUUUUUGGAGCAAUUAUGCUUGGGUUGGGGGAAUGAUUUACUAUGAGCCGAUGCAGAGGAUGAUUGAUGGAUUCGUCGGCUUGAAAGAGGGGGAUGAGGUACGGAAUCGUCCUGCUGAUACAGGACAAAGCGAUCGAUAUAUUGGGGGAGGAGUCGACAUUCAUCAGAUAUUUAGACGGAGCACUCUGCCCAUAGAGUCUGGGUUGCCAAAUGCUCUCGAGAAUCGCGGCCUGGUCGAUAUUAACGGCGGAUUCAAGCACUACGGAAAGCAAGUCAAGCCUGGAUUACCACUCCCGGGUGACUACUCCGGGUUCGCUGGUACACUUGCGACGCAGCGAAUUCCAGUUCGCAAUGCCUUUGCGACGGGACUCCUCUGGCUUCUGUUCCUAUCCGUAUGCGCCAUUAUCUCCAUACUCGCACUGAAAGCAGUCAUCGAAAUACUGGCCACUCUCCACAUUGUACGCCAAAAUCGCCUCAAGUACUUCCGGUGUCACUAUCUCGCCUACAUUGCCGCAGCGCUACUACGCAUCAUCUUCAUGAGCUUCUUCUUGAUAAGUUUCCUCUCCAUAUCCCAGUUUUCUUUCCCAGCAUCACUGGGAACAGUCGCUGUCGCCUGCCUAGUCUUUGUAACUGUGGUGCUUGGACUUGGUAGCAUUGCCGCGUACGCUUGCUUCUCCAGGUUACGUCUUAGGGAAUAUGUGUUUGAGCCGGAUCGGAUCAACAUAUCGAAGCAUCGAAUAUUUAAGGUAAUACCGUGGUACAGCAUCUCAAGGAAUAGCGGGGGCCCACCUUUGAGAGACAGCGUGUGUGUUGGCUCGAUUCCAUGGUGGAGGAUACACGCUAUGGCGGACUUUCCAUCGAUUCAUUCCGACGAAGAAUAUACAGUCAAGUUCGGAUGGCUUGUAUCUCGUUACAGAAAAAGCCGAUGGUGGUUCUUUGUCGUCUGGCUCUCCUACGAAUUCUUCCGAGCCAGUUUCCUUGCUGGAGCUUCUAACCAGCCCACUGUGCAGGCUUUUGGUCUACUGGCAACCGAGACCAUUGCGCUCGUUGCUUUUAUAUUACUCCGGCCAUUUGAAGGACAACGGCUGAAUGUGAUAGCUGUGUAUCUUCUCGGCUUCAGUAAGGUUACUACGACUGCGCUUUCCGCAGCCUUUGAUCCGCGCUUCUGUAUCGCCCGGAUUCCUGCAACAGUGAUUGGGAUCGUCAUCAUUGUUAUUCAGAGCCUUUUAACUAUUGCCGUCAUGUUACUUAUCUUGAUUGGCGCUGUUUCGAGUUACAUGUCGAUAUCACGAGACCAUACAGAAAUGAAGCCAAAGAGUUGGACUGCAACCCGCGAGAAAUACUUUGACCACAUAGCUAUUGCAGAGCAAGAUAUUCCACGAUCAAGAAAGCGCCCAGACUCGGAGGACAUCAUAACGGGUGCGGCGAGAGCUCCAUAUUUUGAAGUCAAGCAAGUCAAGCGAGUGGCCAAGAUCGAAGACGAAGACAUCGAAUUCAUGGACGAAAUCUCCCAAGUCCCUCACCCAUCCCCACCAGUACUGUCUCCAAAUCGCACUUUAGUCUCAAAUUCACCGGGAUCUCUGCUAGAGCGCAGCAGAACAGGCAGCUUCCAAUCACAAGCCUCAUACUCGAGCUUACUACCGCGAGCAGCUCGCUUGCACCGUGCAAACUGGAGCACGCACGACCUCAAUGACGCAACAAGAACUAGACGCCACAGGGCUGUGAGCGAUACUAGUCUUAUUUCCAGACUAAGGCAUGUAGAGAAGCUCGAGAGAAAGCCAAGUCUUGGUGGGGCUUCCAUGAAGCGAUCGGAUACUCCCGCACUCUUGUCGUAUGGGUAUGCAGACGGGGGUUCGAAUGGAGCAUGUGGAGCAUGUGGCGCUGGGUAG